AUGGAUCUAAGCCACAACCAACUAUCAGGAACAAUUCCAGAAUCCAUUUCAAUGCUGGCUAGUAUAGAAGUAUUGUCACUUAAUUAUAACCAUCUAACUGGUAAGAUUCCUCCAUCUCUGUGUGAGCUUCUGGUGUUAAGCGAACUCCAUCUAGGCCACAACCAGUUGUCAGGAACAAUUCCAGAUUCCAUUUCAAAGCUGGCUAGUUUAGAAGUAUUGACCCUUCCUUCCAACAGAUUAAGAGGCAACAUUUCACUUCCGAUGUUCGACAAUCUGACUCGGCUACAAGGACUGGACCUUUCUGAAAACCAAUUUACCAUUGCCAUUUCCACAAGUUGGGUUCCACAGUUUGGCCAUCUGGUGUACUUGGGAUUGAGGUCCUGCAAUAUAGAAGGCGAUUUUCCUCCACUUUUGUCACAACAAUAUGAAUUGGAAUACCUUGAUCUUUCAAGUAAUUACAUUGUGGGAAAUCUUCCUUCGUGGCUAUGGGAUCUUCCUUAUCUUCGGAUGCUCAAUCUUUCAUACAACCAACUGGAAGGUUCUCUACCCCGCAAGAUAUCCCAUAAAUUUACUGUGGUGGAUUUGAAGGAGAAUAAAUUAUAUGGCUCACUUCCGCCUCUUGAUUUUGUCUCAUUUAUGUUAGAUUUGUCAGACAAUAAGUUUAAUGGCUCCAUUCCUGCAACAAUCGGCUCAAUAUACUUUCUAUCAUUGUCAGGGAAUAAUCUCACUGGAAAAAUUCCAAGUUCAAUAUGUACAGAUUCAAAUGAAUGGGGCAUUUUGGACUUUUCAAAUAACAAGUUGACAGGUAUGAUUCCUGCAAGCAUUGGGUUGUGUUCUGGAUUAGGCGUUUUAAAGUUAGCUCAAAAUGUUUUGCAAGGGGAGAUUCCAGAGGAGUUGGGAAAUCUACAAACUCUUAGCACACUAAAUCUCAAUGGCAACAGGUUGGAAGGUAUUAUUCCUUUGUCCAUUUCAAAUUGCACGGGUCUUAAAGUAUUUGAUUUGGGAAAUAACAAAUUUGAAGGCAGCAUUCCAGUUUGGAUUGAAAAGCUCACAGAUUUAAAAAUUCUCAGCUUAACUUCUAAUAAUUUUAAAAGUACAAUUCCAACCCAGCUUAUGAGGCUGCAUAAUCUUCAAAUUCUGGACUUAUCCAAUAACAAUUUAUCAGGAAGUAUUCCUCAAAAUCUAAGCAAGUUAUAUGCUAUGGCCAAUCAAUCUCAAAUUAUUGAAGUAGAACUUAGAUUUUCUGGUUCAGCUGGAGGAUUGCGCUAUAUGCAAUCUGUUUAUGAAUCAAAAUAUGAGGAUGAAAUAACAGUUUGGAUAAAAGGAAGGGCUCUAACAUAUGGGAGGAUAUACAAUGCAGACAAGUUCAUGGAUCUCUCAGGUAACAAUCUGUCAGGUUGCAAAGAAAAUCAGACAGAAUGGAAUAAUACAGCUAAUAAUGAUGCAAAUGUAAUGGACAAAUGGUGGGCAGUUGGAAUGGGUUUAAGUUAUGGAAUAGGAUUUGCUACAAUAAUUGCAGUAUUAUGUAUCCACAGCGAGAGGGAAGCUCUUCUUCACAUUAAAAAUAACUCUUCUGAUUCCUCUCUCUUUGUGAGUUUGCGGGAGAAGGGAACGGAUUGUUGCGACUUGUACGGCAUAUCCUGCAGUAACACCACACAUCAUGUCGACGCUGUUCAUCUGUUCGGGCUUGAUACUGUGGAAGGAGGCAUCGUAUGGCAGAGCUUGUGCACCCUCACUUUUCUUCAAACCAUAGACCUCUCUUACAAUGGAAUAUCAGUACUCUACAAGGCUGUGGCUAUUCUGGUUCUAAAAUGGAUCUUUUGUACAGCGUGA